AUGGCUGCUUCAGAGACACGGCCUCCCCACUCGGUGUUCCUGAGGCAUCGCGAGGGUGAACCGGCACCGGGGGAGAACGGUCGCCGCCGGGCCCUGAUCUACUUCAUCUGCGGCAACCCGGGCCUCAUCGAGUUCUACGAGGGGUUCCUGGCCCACCUCCGGGAGCUCAUCUCGUCCUCGGCGUCGAUGGGCCGCGUGGAGGUGGACCUGUACGGGCGCAGCCUGGUCGGGUUCGACGACGACGACCACGCACCGCCCUUCUCGGCGCCGGACAACGAGCCCGUCGACCUGGAGGGGCAGAUCCGCUCCGUGUAUGAGAGCGUGGCGGGCGUGGUGGCUGACGAGGCCAAGAGGAGCGGAGGAAAAGGCUACGGGGACGUGAUACUCAUGGGCCACUCGGUGGGCGCCUACAUCGCGACGGAGGUGAUGCACCGGCACCUGGCAGAGCAGCAGCCGGCCGGGUGGGCGAGGCACGCGAGGCUGCGGCAUGGGUUCCUGCUGUUCCCGACGCUGACGCACAUCGCGGCGUCGCCGAGCGGGCGGAGGAUGCAGCUGCUGAGGGCGGUGCCGCUGAUGGACUCGUACUUCCACCUGCUGGCGAGGGGCCUGCUGGGGGUGAUACCGGAGGCGGCGGUGCGCUGGCUGGUGGGACGGGUGGUCGGGGCGAGGGACGGGAGGGUGGUGAGGGCGCUGGCGCGGUGGCUGAAGAGCCGGGACGGGGUCUGGCAGGCGGUGCACCUGGGCAAGUCGGAGAUGGAGACGAUCAGGGAGGAGGUGUGGGAGGAGAGGCUGUGGGGUAUGGCGGCGGAGGGGGAGGGAGGGUCGUCUGGGGCGGCGCCGAGGUUCUUCAUCCUGUAUGGCAAGGAGGACCACUGGGUUGCGAAUCAUCUGAGGGAUGAGUUUAUUGCGCGGAGGAGGAAGGACGGCGGGGAGACGAGGAUCGAGGUGGACGAGGGGGAUCUUCCGCAUGCUUUCUGUCUGAAAGAAGAGGACUUUAAACAGGUUGCGGAAACGGUGUUGGAAUGGCUGGAGGAGAUUGAGGAUGGCAGAUCGUGA